UGCAUCUUGGCGUUGCGCGCAGGCGCGCUGGCGUGGGUGGCCGCGGAUGCAUGUGGAGGAGGGAGAUCCUAAAGGAAAGGCUGGAGUCGGAGGUGUGAGAUGGCCGCGAAGGUGUUUGAAGGUCUGGGGAAGCUCGGCCUGGGGCUGGCUGUUGUGGGAGGAGUUGUCAACUCUGCGCUUUACAACGUUGAUGCAGGCCACAGAGCUGUCAUCUUCGACCGAUUCCGCGGGGUCCAGGACGUGGUGGUAGGAGAAGGCACCCACUUCCUCAUCCCCUGGGUGCAGAAACCCAUCAUCUUUGACUGUCGCUCUCGGCCCCGAAACAUUCCUGUGAUCACGGGCAGCAAAGAUCUCCAGAACGUGAACAUCACGUUGCGUAUCCUCUUCAGACCAGUGACUGCCCAGUUACCCCGGAUCUUCACCAGUAUUGGAGAGGACUAUGACGAGCGUGUGCUGCCCUCAAUCACAACUGAAAUCCUCAAGUCUGUUGUGGCUCGCUUUGAUGCUGGAGAAUUGAUCACUCAGAGAGAGCUGGUCUCAAGGCAAGUGAGUGAGGACCUCACGGAGAGAGCAGCAACCUUCGGGCUCAUUCUGGAUGAUGUGUCCUUGACUCACCUGACCUUUGGCAAGGAGUUCACAGAGGCUGUGGAGAUGAAGCAAGUGGCCCAGCAAGAAGCAGAGAGAGCCAGAUUCAUUGUGGAAAAGGCUGAGCAGCAGAAGAAAGCGGCUGUGAUCUCUGCUGAGGGAGACUCCAAAGCAGCUGAGCUGAUUGCCAACUCGCUGGCCACUGCAGGCGACGGCUUGAUCGAGCUGCGCAAGCUGGAGGCCGCCGAGGACAUCGCGUACCAGCUCUCACGGUCCCGCAACAUCACGUACCUGCCCUCUGGACAGUCUGUGCUCCUCCAGCUGCCGCAGUGAGCCCGGGGCACCUCUGCCUCCCAGAUCAGCCCUUUCCAAAAGAAUCUUUGCAAUUUCCUCAUUGGUAGAAAGAGAGGAAAUGAAAAUUCAACCCAUUUUGAAUUCUUAAUCAAAUAAAAAUGACCGCUCUUGAGACCAGACCUGCAUUCCUCCCCUGGACGGUCACAGCAGUGGCUUUGACCAUUAAGCUAGGUUUGAGAAUUGCCCCUUUCCAGGCAGUUUGAGCAGCAGGAGCAGAGUUUCAUCUGUUCCCUCCUGGAACAAAGCAGUAGCCCAGGUGACUCCCUGCCCACGAGAGUGCUGUAUCCAUCAGGUUUCACAGCGAUGCUUCAGUGCCUUCAGGCUGGCUUAGCCGGGGUCGUUACAGACUUGCAGGUCCUGGUCUAUGGGACAGGGAUGCUCAGGGCUCGCUCUUCAGUCAAGCCAGACUGUUUUCAGGUGUCAGCUGAGUGUAAGAGGACAUCUCAGCUGUCAGUGGCUCUGCUGUGCCUGUGUGAACCAUAGCACUGAUAGCUGGAGGCACAGAUCGAGUGGAUUGUGGCUGGGGGUGAGACUAGCAAGAGGUUUGCUUGAUGUAGUGGAUGGAUUUCAGGCACGGAGGAGAAGAUACUUCCCUCUGCAGGAAAUGCUUCUCAGGCACAUGCUGGACAUCUCCACUUCUCCCCCUGCUGCUGCACUCUGCUCUGUUUGCUGCUGCUUGCCCUGUUGUGCAGCAUUGGUUCUUUCAGCAAGGUCAGUUGGCCUAUUGCAAACAGCACCUAGGACAAAGAGGGGAUGACUCGGUGCUCCGUGGCUCAGGCAGUCGGAGGUGGGCAGAAUUCUCUGUUACAUCAAUGCUCUUUUUAUUUAGGGAACCUGAAUUGUGAGGAGGAUGUGAUGGGUGAGAUUGUAUAACCAGCCUUCAAUAAAUGUCACAGUCCCAACUGUA